AUGAAGAAGAGGAGACGCGGCCAGGCAAAGAGCUCUGUUGCAGAGAUGAAAUAUCCAGUUGAUCCUCGAUUCCAGAGACCAAGUUAUCAGGAGGAACUUCCACUCCUGACCAAGGAAAUGUUAGAUUCUUAUUUCCUGAAAGUGCUUGAUGAUGAAAAGUACAAGGAUUGUUCUCAUUUGCUUUGUGCCUUGUUUGUACUCUCCACCUACCCACUUCAUAUACCUUCAACAUUUUGCAGCAUUGAUAUAGAAAAAUCUCUCCAUUUCAAUAACAAAUGGAAACUUUCUGGAAUCCAGAAGAUUUAUUACAAUUCCCUAAUAAAAAUUGUGGGUGGGUUUGGUACAAAUCAAGGGAAGCUGAUCUGGCCAACCAGUCUGACAACAAGCCUUGAAGGCGAUUUGAUUGUGAAAGACAGUGGUUCUGGGUGUAUCCAGAUCUACAGCACUGACGGUCGUCCUAAACAACGCUUUUCAUAUGGAUUCGAACCAGUAAAAGGGCUGGGAGAUAUCACUUGCAUGAAAAACGGUGUGUUACUUGUGACCAGUGGGACUAAGAUCAUCCAGCUCUUCUCUAAGGAUGGAGAUCUGAUCCAUGAACUGAAGUCUCCCAAACUCACCUGGCCUUAUUCAUAUGGGAUAACAGUCCUGAAGUCCAAUAAAAUUGCAGUGUCCGACUGGACAAAUGGAGGAAAAAUCAACAUCAUUGGAGUGGAUUGGAGAAUGAAUGCCGUCCUGAAGACACAGACAAUAGAGGGAUUCUACAGGCCGGUGCGUAUGGCUGUCAAUGAGAAUGAAGACAUGCUGGUUGCAGAAGGGCAACUGUUUGGAAGGUUUCAAGGCUGCUGCAUCAAAAUUAUUGACAGGGAACGAAGCCUGAGGAAGACCAUAGGUCCCCGUCAUGGGAAAAAAUUCAGUUUUGAAAACCCUUCUGGAGUCACCGUGGAUGGUCAUGGAAACUUCUUAGUUUCCGAUCAUGGUCAAAACUGCAUCGUGAUGUUUAAUCCUGAUUCAACCCUCUGUGAUGUUGUGGUGAGUGAGGGUUUGCAAGGACCAAACGAUAUCACCAUACUGGAUCACGGGUUGAUAGCUGUAGCUGACUGUUAUAACCACUGCGUUAAACUCUUCAGGUACAAGUAG